GAGGCACCCGACAACAUGGCCGCCGCCUGCUACGAGAAGGAAGUGGUGGUAGGUGCCGCCAUUCACCACGGGCAUGGACACCAUCAUCACCACCAUCACCACCACCAUCAUCAUCACCAUCAUCACGGUAACGGAGUCGCGUCGUCCGCCGUCGGCGUCGGCGUCGGCGUCGGCGUUGGCGUCGGUGUCGGCGUCGGCGGGGUGACCGGGCAGACAGUCCUCCCGGCAACGUCCACAGGCCUCGACGAUGCUGCUAUCGCCGCCGCCGCCGCUGCUUCCGCUUCGACUGUAAACGGUGGCACAUCGGUGACGACUACGACGAGCGCGGCAGCUACCGCGGCCGCGGCUGCAGCCGCUGCUGCCGCGGCCACCGCCACCGCCACCGCCGCGGCUACCGCCGUGGCGAUCAACAGCUACAAGGUGCAAGAAUACAAGGACUACUCGCAACCGCUUCACGUGGACUGUAGCGUCGAGUACGAGCUCCCGAGCCAGGCGAAGCCACCGCCCGGUGGCGGCGAACCCCUCCUAAUGAUCCAUCCGUGCUACUAUCGACGCGCCGAGCGCGAGAGGAGGAGCCCUUUCGUCAAUAAUUUACCGCCCCCGGCGGCGCCGGCGACGACGCCUAUGUCCGCCUCCCGCAGGAACGGUCGCAGGAGCGCGGCGACGGCCGCCGCCGUCACAGUCGCCACCGCGGCGGUCGCGGUUGCGGCGACUUCCUCGACGACUACGACGGUCGUCCCACCGUCGAAUAAUCCCAUUGUCGUUUCCUCCAACGUUGUAUCCGCUUCCGUUGUGUCACCGGCAACGUCUAUCGCAUCGUCCUCGGUCGCCGCGGCAGUGGUAGCUGCCGCAGAUUCCGGUAGCGGUCUCAUAUCCACCAGUGGUCAAAUGUCCGCUGUCACUAUGGCUGCAGCCUCGUAUCGCGCGGCCCUCAAUGUCGCUGCCACCUUGUCUCAGCAACAGCAGCAGCAACAGCUGUCUCAGCGACGGCAUCAUCCUCAGCAGCAACAGCCACAGCCACAGCCGCAGCCACAGCAGCAGCAGCAGCAACCACCACCACCAACUCAUCCUCAUCAUCAUCAUCAUCAUCAUAGGAAUCAUACUCAUGCUCCUCAUCAGCACCAACAGCAGCAGCAGCAGCAGCAACAGCAGCAGCAGCAGCAGCAGCAACAUCACCCUCAGCAACAACCUCAACAACGAUCCGUAACACCAACGGCAUCCGGUCCCGCCGAUCUCAUCUCCGCCGAUGAAAAGGCAGUCAUAUCAGGUAUUUAUCAACAUUACUUCCGCGCCAUGCGCGCCCACAAUCAUCAACACCGCCAGCAGCAGCAGCAGCAGCAGCAGCAGCAGCAACAGCAGCAGCAGCAACAGCAGCAACAGCAUCGUACCACUACCACUCAUCAGCUCCAUCAUCAACCUCACCAAAGCGAUCGCAGUUCCUCCUCUUCGUCGUCGGUCACGUCUCCGACGUCCGCGUCAAUCUCCGGUAUUCUACGACAGACUUAUCAGCAGGCAUACAGCAAUAUCGCGGCCACGAGCUCGAGCUCGGGCAGCCAUCAUCGUGCCGGCACAUCGGCGAUCUCGGCAAUCGCCCAUCAUCCCUACAGGCGACCGUCGGUGACGUUGCUGUCGCGAACGGCCUCGCAUAUCAGCCAGCAGGCUUCCUCUUCCUCCUCCUCAUCCAUCUUCGGUGCUUCCAACGGCGUUUCUGCCGCGGCCGGCGUCUCCAGCGUAUACGCGAGCACGAUACACAGGCAUCACGCAACUUCCCUGCACGCUCUUCAAGCCGCCGCCGGCUUCUACGAGACGCCGAGUUAUCACGCCCUCCUGCCUCAAAGUUAGACGACAGCCAUAUGUCCGGGCGGUUUCGCGACGUUGGAUGUCUACGCGUGAACGACUACGGCAACGCGGCGAUG